AUGGAGUUGGUGGAAAGGGUUAAGCCAUUCUGCGCGGGCGUUAUGGGGCGGGCAAAUCUAGACCUGUCAACUUCACCAACCGGUGGCCCAGCUGGCAAUGACGAUAAUGACGAGGAGGAGCCAGCUGUAGACCCUAGACGAGCAAGCUUGCUCAAAGUCCUAGGUAACUCGCUAGGCCUAAAUAUGGUGGAUGCAGUCGCCGAGGCAAUGACGAUAGCUGAGAAAUCUGGCCUUGGUGUUGACUCACUGCACAACUUUCUCGAACUGAUGUAUCCGGGUUCCUAUGUCGCCUAUUCCAACCGCAUACGCUUGGGGGAAUACCAUAGGCGUGAGGAGCCGUUGUUUGCGAUAGAUUUGGCCCGGAGGGAUGCGAGGCAUGCAAUGGAUGUGGCGAGCGCUGUUGGUGUGGGGAUGAAAGGGCUUGAGCUGGCGGAUGGGAUGGGUAUUUGCAAGGUAUCAAGAAGCAUAAGGGGGAGAAGGGAGACCUUUCGACCAUUUAUGGGGUGGUGAGAGAGGAGGGGGGCUUGAAAUUCGAGAAUUAGGGAAAGGGGGAAAUUCUUGAGUUUCAUCUGCUAUGAGGCCUCAAACCCUGGGUAGCUAGACCGGCUUGGUAGACUGGAAGGAAUGCUUGUCUGUUCAACAUUAGGAUGAUGUAAUUGCUCUAAUAAAAAUAAUAAUUUUAACACAUCUAGAAUUACCUAGGUACCUUAUUUAACUACAGCAAUCAAUCGCUU